CUGCCUUUUAAAGCAAACCGACACAGCAUGCCAUUCCCCACUCGGCCAGAGGACGGGACACGGUGAGGAGUUGCUGUGUCGCUCAUUCUACCCCCCUCUCCUAUCGUCACCCCCAUUGUCCUUGUUGUUUAGUUGCCUGUUUAUUUGUUCGUUUACACGGUUAGCUAGUUUCAGUCAUGUAUCGUUAUUUCGGGGAGCUGCUGAGCCGCUCUGCGGGUAGUGCCCUGGCCUCCGGGUGCGUGGACUCCGCUCUCCCGGUGUCCUCGUCCCUGAUGCGGGUCCGUCACUAUGCCGACGCAGCCGACAAGCCCGACGACCCCAAUUUCUUUAGGAUGGUCGAAGGCUUCUUCGACCGCGGCGCCGCCAUCGUGGAGGACAAGCUGGUGGAGGAUCUGAAGACCAGGGAGAGCCCCGAGCAGAAGAGGAACCGUGUGAGGGGCAUCCUGCGCAUCAUCAAGCCCUGCAACCACGUCCUGAGCGUGUCUUUCCCCAUCAAGAGGGAUAACGGAGAGUGGGAGGUGGUGGAGGGGUACCGCGCCCAGCACAGCCAGCACAGGACACCAUGCAAAGGAGGUAUCCGUUACAGUACAGAUGUGUCUGUGGAUGAGGUGAAAGCCCUGGCUUCUCUGAUGACCUACAAGUGUGCUGUUGUUGAUGUGCCAUUUGGGGGAGCCAAAGCUGGAGUCAAGAUCAACCCUAGGAAUUACUCUGAUAAUGAGCUGGAGAAGAUUACCAGGAGAUUCACCAUUGAGCUCGCCAAGAAGGGUUUCAUUGGACCUGGCAUCGAUGUCCCAGCUCCAGACAUGAGCACAGGAGAGAGGGAAAUGUCCUGGAUUGCCGACACAUACGCCAACACCAUUGCACACACUGACAUCAAUGCCCAUGCGUGUGUGACAGGAAAGCCCAUCAGCCAGGGAGGAAUCCAUGGACGUAUCUCAGCCACAGGUCGUGGAGUUUUCCACGGCAUCGAGAACUUCAUUAACGAGGCGUCCUACAUGAGCAUGCUGGGCCUGACCCCCGGCUUCCAGGACAAGACCUUCAUUGUCCAGGGCUUUGGUAAUGUGGGUCUCCACUCCAUGAGGUACCUGCACAGGUUCGGCGCCAAGUGUGUGGGUGUUGGUGAGAUUGAUGGAGCCAUCUACAACCCAGAGGGCAUCGACCCCAAACAGCUGGAGGACUACAAACUGCAACACGGCACCAUUGUUGGCUUCCCGGGAGCCAAACCCUAUGAAGGGAACAUUUUGGAAGCUGACUGCCACAUCCUGAUCCCUGCUGCAGGAGAGAAGCAGCUCACACGUAAUAAUGCCCCCAGGAUCAAGGCUAAGAUCAUUGCUGAAGGUGCCAAUGGUCCCACCACCCCAGAUGCUGACAAGAUCUUCCUGGAGAACAAUGUCAUGGUUAUUCCUGACAUGUACCUGAAUGCUGGUGGUGUGACAGUGUCUUAUUUCGAGUGGCUGAAGAAUCUCAACCAUGUCAGCUAUGGAAGACUGACCUUCAAAUAUGAGAGAGACUCAAACUACCACCUGCUCAUGUCUGUGCAGGAGAGUUUAGAGAGAAAGUUUGGCAAGCAGGGGGGACCCAUCCCCGUCGUACCCACUGCUGACUUCCAGGCCAGAGUUGCUGGUGCCUCUGAGAAGGAUAUUGUUCACUCUGGGUUGGCCUACACCAUGGAGAGAUCUGCUCGGCAAAUCAUGCGCACAGCAAGCAAGUACAACCUGGGUCUGGACCUGCGGACAGCUGCCUAUGUCAAUGCCAUCGAGAAAGUCUUCAAAGUCUACAACGAGGCGGGGCUCACCUUCACAUAAAUGACCAAUCACGACCCACACUUCCUACCCCCACCCCUUGUCCCCUUGCUAUUGAUUGCCCUUUCCUGCCUUCUUCCACCUACAGCCUUCAGAACAUAUCACUGUUUACCGCUGCUCUUCAGCUCUUUCACACACGCAUAUACAGCGUCACAUUGGCUAGCCUAGUGUUUAUCCCGUGAUCUUUGUGCUGCCAUUAUACUCAAUCUGCAUCUCUAUUUAAAUAUUGCCCUGUUCUUGCUUUUGCCUGAGGUUACUUUGAGGAAAAAGCAGAUGGAGAGCUACGUCCUGAGAGAGAAAGAAAUACCCUGUCCUCCCUCAGCCCUUGUAUAAAUGUUAUAUGAUGUUGUAUGGCAGCCAUGUUCAAAACACCCUUCUUGUGAUCGCUGAAUGCAUGUGUGACCCUCCUGUUGCAAUUGUUUCAGUUGUAAGCACUACAGAUGCCUUAUUUCAGAGAGAGGUCUCCUGUUAACAGGGAGCAGUUUAACUUUAAUCGAAAGGGAUUUAGAUUUAACUUCAUGUGAAUAAGAGAAUAGUAAUGUUAUUACUCUUGAGUUUGUCUUCUCACCCGUAAAGGUGUAAAGGUUAGUAGUGAUGUUGCCAAGAUUCCCAACAAGGAUUUUUUUUUGUGUCAUAGUUAAUGUUUUUACCUCUCAAGAUUCGAUAGAUGCUCUCCCACUCCUCGUCCCUUCCUUUUUUCCUCCUUUCCCCUUGCUUUUCCUCAUCUUAAAAGCAGAUUCUCCCCGAUUCCUCCGCUGGCCAAGAAAGGGGAGCAGGGAGGGGACGAGGUGUCACUGUGACCGUCUUGUUCCCUGGUCGAACUUUCCUCAGUUUUAACCGUCCAGUUCCUCAACAUAGAAAUCAUUUUGGAGGAAAUUACUUUUUAUUUUUAUUUUAUUCAUUUUGUGGAAACCAAUAAAAUGUUCAGAAAAAGGUAAAA